CGCAAAAAAAACUCUAAACUUCAUUCCAAAUUCUACUCAAUCCGUCAUAAAUAAAACAUUGCAUACAAUACACAAAUAAAAUUUUUAAACAUCUUUUCUACGCAUUUGAAUAGAGGAUACAUACAAAACCCGCUUAAUCAAAACGCAAACCACCAGCCUGUCUCUGUUAUUUUCUGAUACGCCAUUUGAACUGGAAAACGCUUGUGGAUAUAUAUAUGUUCGAAAUGUGCAACUGUACCAUAGCAGGCAAACAUCUGUGGCUGCUGUGACAUUGCUAUCCAUCAGUUAAAGACAGCAUUUCGAGGAGUGGAAGAUAAAUAUCUGCCGGUAUCUUACUUUUUCGUUUCCAGGGGAUCGAUUCUGACUAGAAACUUAUCAAGGACCUUCCGAAAGAUUGAUCAGCAAUGGUGGGUCAGGUUCUAGUGAAGAACACAGGAUUUUCAUCCCAGGUCAUUAAAUAUGUUGGUGAUCAAAUUGAUGGGGAUCCACUGUGGUGUGCAAGAUUCAACGCAACUAACCCUGACGCUGUAAUCCAGACACAUCUUGAUUUUUUUGAAGAGGGGGCUGAUAUUAUCGUUACAAACACUUAUCAAGCAAGCGUUGAAGGCUUCAUGGAACAUCUUGGAUUAACGAAAGAAGAAAGCAUUGAUUUACUGAAGAAAUCAGUUGGUCUUGCGCAUACAGCACGUGAACGAUUUCUAACGAAGAAUGGGAAAACAUUGAAAGAAGCAAACGGUUUCCCAAUGAUUGCUGCUUCUAUUGGUCCAUAUGGUGCGUGCCUACAUGACGGCUCUGAAUACACUGGUAGCUAUGCAGACACAGUUGACCCAGAGCUAAUGAAAAAAUGGCACAAGGUUCGGAUCGACGCCUAUCUAGAAGCAGGAGUCGAUCUUUUGGCUAUUGAAACAAUUCCAUGUAAGGUUGAAGUUAAAGCAAUCGCAGAAAUGCUUUGCGACGAUUAUCCGAACGUAAAAUUCUGGCUUUCGACUCAAUGCAAGGAUGAUACUAGCUUGGCGCAUGGUGAAUCAUUUGCAGAAGUUUGUACGAUGGUUUGGGAAUAUUUGAAGUUGCGGGGCAAAUCCAACAACUGUUAUGGCAUCGGAGUUAACUGCGUCAACCCGAAGUUCGUCACGUCCCUAUUCAAAUCUGUUAAUGACAACAAACCAUCAAAAGAACAGAUCCCCCUUGUUGUAUAUCCAAAUAGUGGUGAAACAUAUGAUCCAGAAGUUGGCUGGGUAAGAAAGGAGAACAAUCCCCCAAUCCAAGAUUAUAUACCCGAAUGGGUUCAAUUGGGCGUUAAAAUUAUUGGAGGAUGUUGCCGAACCAAUUCGAAAGAUAUUCCGAAAUUUAAGGAAAUCUUGGAGAGGAUAAAUUGCUAAACUAAGAUUUGGAAUUUCAGAAAACAAUUUACGCAGUAGUAAAUUGUGCUCAAAAGAGUUAAGCUGGUACAUAACCAGCUCUCAGUAGAUUCGUAGGAUGUUCAAGCAACAACAAAAUAUCUUUAAUGUCCUUACUACAAGAAACUGACUGACUCUGGACACCGUUGCGAUCUGGUCAAUUGGAUUGGGAUAAUGAUUGGUUUGCGAAAUUUAUGAACGAUCGGCGAUAAUGGCAUAAUUAAAUUCAAAAUCAUCGUGAAAUAUAAACGAUAUAUAAGUCGAACAUAAACGGGAAUGAAUCUCCUUUUCAGUUAAAAACAGUUUGAAGGCGAGUACAAACAUCUGUAAUAUUGUUAAGAGGGUAAUCCAAUAAAGUACU